AAUUGUUCUUUUUUUUUUCUCGAGAUUUUAUAAAACAUCCGGGGCACCUAGAUCUUUGUACAUAGGCAGGCCAUCACCAUCGAAUUUGCGACUCCCAACUUUUAGCCGAUACAAAGAAAAUGGAUGGCGUUGUAAAUACUUCCAUCUCCGUAGAGCUCCAAAACCCUAACAAUGGAGGAGGAGAAGAUAAACCCAAAAUAGUGGUGAUAAUGGGGCCAACUGGGUCCGGAAAAUCAAAAUUAGCAAUCGAUUUAGCAGCUCAUUUCCCAAUUGAGAUAAUCAACGCUGAUUCAAUGCAAGUCUACCAUAGCUUGGAUGUUAUCACUAACAAAGUCACUCUCCCUGAGCAAAAAGGAGUGCCGCACCAUCUUCUGGGAACAAUCAGCCCUAAUGUGGAAUUCACUUCUAAAGAUUUCCGAGAUGCUGCUAUACCUCUCAUCAAGGAUAUAAUGUUUCGAAAUCAUUUGCCCGUUAUAGUUGGCGGUACUAAUUUCUACAUUCAGGCUCUUGUCAGCCCUUUCCUGCUUGAUGAUUCGGUGGAAGUGAUGUAUGAUUUUUGUUUAAGAGAGAAUUCAGGUUAUGAACAUGAUCUAAGUCCGUCUAUUGUAAAUGUUGACAAUCUACAAGAGCGUGAAACUUUAGAGGAAGACAGUUGUGAUUAUAACUAUGACCGUCUUAGAAACCUGGAUCCUGUGGCGGCGAACAGAAUACAUCCAAAUGACCAUAGAAAAAUUAAGCAAUAUCUAGAGUUGUUCACUCAUUCUGGAAUCCUCCCCAGCCACCUCUUUCAGGGAGAAAAGACAGAGAAAUGGGGCCGUCUUGGUUGUAAUUCGCGAUACAACUGCUGUUUUGUUUGUGUUGAUGCAUCUCUCCCUGUACUAGACCAAUUUGUGGAGCAGAGAGUUGAUUUGAUGAUUGAGGCCGGUUUGCUUAAUGAAGUCUAUGACAUUUACAACCUGAAUGCAGAUUAUACACGGGGUAUGCGGCAGGCUAUUGGAGUGAGAGAAUUUGAGGAUUUUCUUUGUGCUAAUAACUCUGAAGUUCAGAAAGACAAGAAUAAUUCUUCCCAGGAAUCAGAUUCAGUGAAGAAUGCUGAUACAUCUCUUGGACAAAAUUGGAAGGAACUUUUAAGUUCCUCUUCUGAUACCCCAGAUAGACUCCUGCUGGAAGAAGCCAUUUCCAAACUUAAAGUGAACACCCGAAGACUUGUACGCAAACAAAAGAGAAGGAUUAAUCGAUUGCAGACAGUAUUUGGAUGGAACAUACAUUUUGUAGAUUCUACUCAAUCUUUACAUGGGCGUUCAGAGGAUACAUGGAUAGCUCAAGUGGUUGAACCAGCUGCAAAAGUAAUAAGCGCCUUCCUCAAAUCUGAUGGAAUCUCAGUUUCAGAUGAUGCUGACCACGUAGUCCAAAAACUCAAUGAGAGAGAUAUAUGGACUCAGUACACAUGCAAGGCAUGUGGCAAGGUUCUCCGCGGUGCACAUGAGUGGGAACAACACAACCAAGGGCGUGGACAUAGGAAACGGAUGGCAAACCUAAAGAAGCGUCAAGGUUCUUUCUUUACCAACUCUAAACAGCUUUCGGGGCGUGACCACGUAAGUUGAGGUGCAUCAGAAGUGUAACGACUCAAAAUCUCAUUUUACAUACUAAAUUAAACAAAAAAGGUAAGUGAGAGAGUAUAUACUAUUGCAUGACUAUGUUACUUUUAAAGGCUCUUUUGCUCCUCAUUACUCAAGACACCUUUUCGACUUUCGAGUCGGUCUUCUAGAUGGAGGGAGUACUAUAAUUAUAAAUUAUUUGUGUAGAAGCUGUUCGGUCUAUGGUGUGUUCCAUAUGCAUUAAUCAUGCUUAAUCUUUAAUAAGGCUGUUUUACAUUGAGUUACUUGAAAUUGCAUUAAUUUGGGGUAACUUAUAUGUUGCACAACGAUAUAUACCUAUA